AUGCCCCAUUCGAAUAUUUCGCUCUCAGACUCGGAUUCCGAGCCUGAGGUUCCUAGACCCCUGAACACGCUCCAUAUCAUGAUCCGAGAGAUGUUGUAUAAGGUGCGAGAAAACGGGUCCACCAUCUCGGCCCUAGAAGCAUGGGUUGAGACUGUGGACCCAGAAGCAUACAGAAAGGAUCCAUGGCCUCAGGACCUUAUAGACGCCCAUGCCCACUACAAGGCGUUAGUCGCGGAGAUUAACUCGAAGAGGAUGGCUUACAACAAUUCUGUUCAUUACAGCCUAAAAGAGAAGCUGCGCUACACACUAAAAGUCCAACUAGAACGCCUGACGCAAGAAGAAGUGUCUAAUUACAGCCGAAGAGAUACCUCGACAUUGGGCAUCAAUAUCAAUAUCAACAUCAACAUCAUCUUGUUGAUCCUGGUGAUCCAUGUCUUCUGGGUCUGGCGUCAUAACAAAAAUAAUGAACAAGCCAGACUCAACGUCCAGACCUACGGCAGCAGGCAAGAAGACGCAAAAACUUUCGAAGCACCAUUUGUCAAUUCGGAGGCGCUCUCCUUGAGGUCUCUUGUACACUUAUCGCAAACCCCCGAGAAGGCUGCAAAGCCGUGUCCCGCGCGUCAUGGACCAAUUUCCCAUUCCUUGGGCCCGUGCCUACAAACCCAGCUGUGGUUCUACAUCCGCUGCUUACCGGUGACGGUCAAAGAGCUCAUGCAUAUCCAGAAGGUGCUGUGGAAAUAUAUCUGGGACCCGCGGCCCGGCGGCCCAAUUGCGAAUGUUCAGGCGAUGAGGCCAUUUGCAGAAGGGGGACUGGGUGUGAUCGACUUCAAGACGAUGCAGAAGGCGGAGUCAGGCGUAUCUGCAGAGCGGCUGUGGAAAGGGCUGUAUCACCGCAAAAUUGACUACCCUAAGCUGACAGACCUCUACUGGAAGCUUUUGUUGAAUAAAGUAACAACCGGGGAGCGAGAACUCCCAUGA